AUGUCUACUAGCAUCGAAAUCCAAGGUGGCGCCGCUAAAAUGUCAAUCAAUUCCGAGACCGGAGCUCUGCGGAGCACUUUUAUCGACGGAAUUAUCCAGCAAGGUACGGGCGGCGGUGAAGAUGCAGAUCGUUUCCUACAAGCCUUACGGCGGUUCAUCGGAAGAAGAGGCUACUGUUCCGAUAUCUAUUCGGACAAUGGAACGAAUUUCUUCGGAUCACGGAGCUACCUUCGAGAACUACUAAAGUUGCGACGCAGUGAUCAGCAUAAAGAAGCAGUUUCUGAGGAAUGUGCCAACAACCAUACCACCAGCCGCGGAGGACUUUGGGAAGCAGCGGUCAGAUCAGCCAAAAAAUAUCUCCUGAAGGUUCUAGGGGAAAAUGCUAUCUCGCUCGAGGACAUGACUACGCUCUUAGUACAGAUGGAAAAUCUCAACUCGAGACCAAUCACAGCUUUAACAGAUGAUCCUUACAACCUCAAACCCCUAACACCAGGACGUUUCCUUAUGGAGAACCAUUCCAACAGCUGCCUGAAAGAAGUUACCGUGAAGUGCCUAUUAACCGAUUAA